CAAUGGUUGACCCAGACAGAUGAAGUGAACAAGUGAGUGUGAGGAUGUGUGUAUGCGUGUGGCUGAGUUGUUAGGGUUAGGGUUUCCCAACUGAUCAUCAUCAAUACAUUAAAAAGAAAAGAUAAAAAAAAAUGUGUUUUUCUCUCUCUGUCUUUCACUCAUCAUCAUCAUCAUCAUCGGAACAUCUCUAACCCACUCACUCUCUCAUCCAUUUUCCAGAGCUUUUCCUCCAGUGGUGGGUCCGUUUGACGUGGGUAAGAUGGACCAGUAUGAAAAAGUUGAGAAGAUUGGUGAAGGAACCUAUGGCGUGGUCUAUAAGGCUCGUGACCGUGUAACCAAUGAAACCAUAGCUUUGAAGAAGAUCCGAUUGGAGCAAGAAGAUGAGGGCGUACCAAGCACAGCAAUUAGAGAAAUUUCUCUAUUGAAGGAGAUGCAGCAUGGAAACAUUGUCAGGUUACAGGAUGUUGUGCACAGUGAAAAGCGUUUGUAUCUGGUUUUUGAGUACCUGGACUUGGAUUUGAAGAAACACAUGGAUUCAUGUCCCGAGUUCUCUAAGGAUCCACGGCUGAUAAAAAUGUUUCUGUACCAAAUUCUUCGUGGUAUUGCUUAUUGUCAUUCGCACAGGGUUCUCCAUAGAGACCUGAAACCUCAGAACCUGCUGAUAGAUCGCAGGACGAAUGCCCUAAAACUUGCAGAUUUUGGAUUGGCUAGAGCAUUUGGUAUUCCUGUUAGGACAUUUACGCAUGAGGUGGUGACUCUAUGGUACAGGGCACCAGAAAUACUGCUUGGAUCCCGUCACUAUUCUACUCCUGUUGAUGUGUGGUCAGUGGGUUGUAUAUUUGCUGAGAUGGUGAACCAGCGACCAUUGUUUCCUGGUGACUCUGAGAUUGAUGAACUAUUCAAAAUUUUCAGAGUCUUGGGUACUCCAAAUGAGGAUACAUGGCCUGGAGUGACUUCUUUGCCUGAUUUUAAAUCUGCCUUUCCAAAGUGGCCGUCAAAGGACCUGGCUUCUGUGGUCCCAAAUCUUGACUCAGUUGGUGUGGAUCUUCUUAGUAAAAUGCUUUGUUUGGAUCCAAGCAGAAGAAUUACAGCUAGAAGUGCUCUUGAGCAUGAAUACUUUAAGGAUAUUGGGUUUGUCCCUUGAUUCCCUGCGCCAAUCUUCCUGGAUGCAGAAGUAUAUAUCAAUAUGUAGCAUUCUAUAAAUCCUUAUUCUGUGAGAAGUGUGUGUUUGUUUUCCAGCACAGCCAUUGCCGUGGAAUUGUCUAGUGUCUGUUUUCAUCAAUUUCACCCCCAAUAUCCAUGUCUUCAAAGAUAGGAAUCAGUGGCAGUUUUUUAAAUCAUUGUAACAUGGAUACUAUGUGAAACUCAUAAUGGCUUCUUUCCCCCUUGAAUGGAAAACUUUGGUUUGCUUUUUA